UCUCUCUCUCUCUCUCUCUUUCUUUCUCUGUUUCCCUUUACACAGUCACGACCGACUUCUACGAGCUUGCUUUUUAACAUGAAAUACUUUCAUCGUUUUCCAACGCAUUUUUAUUCUCUGCUGAAUCCUUAGGGAAAUAUUUAACGAAAAAAAAGAAAAGGACAAAAAAAGAAUACUUACGAGUAAAGAACAUACAUAUACUUUUAUUUGAUAGAAUUUCGAAGAUCUAUUCAAAAAAAAAAAAAAGAACAAACCUUUCGAAGUAAGAUAGAAGAAAUAUUAGCAAUUCAAAAGAGAUAUCCCUUUAAGAGAGCACGGAAUGAACUUAUCGUAAGAUUCCUUUUUCUUUUUUUUUUUUUCUUUUUUUUUUUAUUCUUUUUCUAUUACCUCUUCUUACCGAAGAGAAUAGACCGAACGAGUGCCUCUGAGAAAAUAACGUCGAAUUCGUGACCCCUUCCGAUUGGUUGAACAAUUUCAGGAUGAACUGUAGCAUUAUAGCAGCGGAGAAGAGAAGAGAAGAGAAGAGUGGCGUCAAGAGAAAACGAACGAAGAGAACUUGUUCGUUCGUUCGUUCUGGGGGAGGUAUGGGGGAGUAGAUUUCUGAGUUUACUCUUUCCACGUCGGAGCUUAUAAAAGAUAUUCGGCACAGCUUGAACGUUUAGUGUUGGAACGAACGGCGAGAAGUGGCCAGGAAUUGAAGUGAAGAAAAAGAAAAAGAAGAACAACAACAACAACAGGAUAAGAAGAAUAGAUAACAAGAUAAUAAUAAGAAGAAAGGAAAAAAAAAGAAAGAAACGAAAAGGUUUCCGAAACUUUGUCUUCCUUUCCUGGAUCCUGACGAAUAAAAAAGAAGAAACUGAAGGAGGAUCAAGAAAAAAAUAGGGAAGAACAAACUCGACAAAAUGGACGAGGAACAAGUACAAAUGCUCAGGAGAGCUUUCUCUAUGUUUGAUUCCACUAAAUCCGGCAGAAUCGAAAAGGAAAAGGUCAGGACUAUCUUAAAUACUCUAGGACACACUUUUGACGACCAUGAACUCGAAGUAUUACUGAAACAGGAAGACGAAGACGGAAGCGGUAAAUUGAAUUUUGAUUCGUUCUACCGGGUGGCAACGCAUUUUCAAGAAGAAGACGACGAGGCCCUUCAAAAAGAACUCAAAGAAGCUUUCCGUUUAUACGAUAAAGAGGGUAACGGUUAUAUACCAACCAGUUCGCUUCGUGAAAUCUUGGCAGCGUUAGACGAUCAAAUAACGCCUGAUCAAAUGGACGGCAUGAUCGCUGAAAUCGAUACCGACGGUUCCGGUACCGUAGACUUUGACGGUGAGUUUCUAGCUGUUUCAAUUUAUCUUAUUUUAUAUCAUCAUAGCAAUAAGAUAGAACAUAGACUGUAGUAGUAUUAGAGUAAUGACCAAGCAAUAUUUUAUUUCAUUAAAAUUAAAAGCUACCACAAAUUUAACGUUAAUAACGAGAAGACCACUCGUACCAUAAAGAACACAUAGAUAUACCGUCUAUAUAUGUAUUCUACUACUACAUCAGGUGUAAAAGCUAAAAUUUUAAUUACGCAUAAUAUCUCUAUCCUAAAGCUUUGCGCGAAUGAAAGGAACUACUACUACCUACACUUCAACCUUUAUUCACGCUUGGCUUUGUACGAAUAUUCCUCGUUUACCACGUUUUCCAUAUUAUACGCGUGAAUUUCUAAGUAGCUACAACGGACGUUUCAAAUUAGACUGUUAACAACUUGUGAAUUUGCAAAAAUAUAUAUAUGCAUAAAUGAACA